AUGUCGCUGUACCUCCCGGAACAAAAGCUAGGCACGCAUUCCCAACCGGAUUCGACGUCGCACAAAUUCAUGUUGAAGGGCCGACAGACGGGCACCAUGCACCGAGGCCACUCCUGGGUCUUCCGUGCAGAGUCUCACGAGACCAUGAUGGCGUGGUACGAAGACAUCGAAAGUCUGAUCUCCAAGACGGGCGAAGCUCGCAACGCUUUUGUCCGGAGACAUGUGCGAACGGUCAGCGGCAACAGCUAUCGCACCAGCAUCGAUGGAGUUAUGGAUGAAGACGAAGCCGACCGAACGCCUUACUCUCCGGAAUCAGCGGUUUUAAAUCAGGAGCGGCCUGCGUCUCAGCCCCGUGAGCCGGGCGGCCGGUUUCCCAGUGAUGUGCAGAUAGACCGCCAUUUGCAGGCCCCACUGUCGCCUUCAAGUGGAGAGAGCUCCGGUGAGAGAGACCUGCUAGCCGCGGCCGGAUCGUUACCCGAUCACUUCGACCCCAAUGCCCAGCCCAUGUCGAAUCGGGCUUUGGAUGAGAACCAACCUCGAUCCAUGCCGGCUGGCGCAUCUCGAGGCCACCCGUUCGAACGGCAUGACAGUUAUUACGGUGCUUGGAUGAGCCCCACCGAUCCAAGCGCUCGUCAGAAGCAGCAGGAGGCCCAACAAACCUAUUCUGCCUCCGAGAAUCAAGGAGGUUCUCGGUUCUAUGGAGGAGAUAACUCUUCUCAAUCACAUACCUUGUUCGUUGCCGGGAUGGGCUCGGGGAGCUCCCGGGACUCGUCAGUCGUACGCCAGAGAAACCGGGGCGAGAGUGCAUCCACUGCGCCCACGACCACAAAUGUGACCGAUCACACUCAUAAUACCGUUCCUACGUCCAUCGACGAGGGACCUGAGCCAUCCAUCACAGGUUCCGAGAAGCCUUCCCACGACACGCAGGAGAAAACUCUGGGUCCUGCCGCCGAAGUCACGUCCGCGAAGACCGUCCCCGUCAUGUCGUCUGGAGGCAUCACCCCCAACGGCGUCACUACCGAAGGGACCAAACGGCCGUCAGCUCAAAGCAAGAACAGCGUAUCAACUCUUGAAUUGAGAAUCCCAGGGCAUUACCCUCCGGCCAAUGUCUCUUCCGCCUAA